CACUAGCUGGCAAAUUCAUGUAGCGUGGCGCGAAUGUAAACUGCACGAUCAGAUGAGGGUGAUGUGCAUUUUAGGGUUUACGAAUUGUUAAAAAACAGGAAACAUGUCGAGGUUUGGCACAUCCUUCGGUGGACAGAGUACUAGCAGUAGCACCACCAAACCUGCAUUUGGUUUUGGGGCGCCAUCGACAUCGCAAACAGGUUUUGCUUUUGGUGCAGCCAAGACAACUGCCCCGACUUUCUCCUUUGGCACCACCACGACAGCAACCACAACAACAGCAGCUACAGGCUUCGGGUUUGGCAGCACCGGCGGGUUUGGAACCUCCACCACCUCUGCCGCCGGUUCGGCAUUUGGAUUUGGCUCAACGGCUCCCACAACGUCAAGCACAGGAUUUGGAUUUGGAACUGGAUUCGGAGGCUUUGGAGCAACCAAGACCACAGCUUCUUCCUUGUUUGGUGGUUUUGGCACCAACACAAGUACCACCAGCAGUGGGUUUGGUCUAGGGGGAACAUCUACGUCCACAGGGUUUGGUGGUUUUGGCACGGGUUUAGGAGGUGGACUGUCCACAGGUUUUGGCACUCAGCAACAGCAGCAGCAACCACAGCAAGGAGUUGGUGCAGACUUGAUGAGCAUAUCCAGUGCCUUGUUGAUGCCCACCAUCUAUGGAGACGAGAGGGAUGCAAUCAUUGCUAAGUGGAACCAACUCCAGGCAUUCUGGGGGACAGGCAAGGGCUACAUCAACCAGAACAGCUCUGUGCCCUUUACGCCAGAAAAUCCUUUCUGCAGGUUCAAGACAGUUGGCUACAGUGUCAAACCCACAUCAAAGGACGAGGACGGACUGGUCAUUCUGCACUUCAAGAAGAAGGAGGAGGAAAUCCGCAGCUUGCAACAGCAGCUGGUGGACGCGCUCUUCAAAAUCCUGGGGAGUAAACCCACCCUGUCUGUGUGUGUGGAGGACGUGAAACAGCUGCCAGAUGACAAGACUGAGGUCAUCAUUUACAUCCAGGAGCGAUCUCCGACCGGUCUGACCAGGCGCAUUCCGGCCUCCACUGCCUUUGGCUUCUUCAGUCAGGCCAACAUCAAGACCCAGCUGGGUAGCCUGGGCGUGGUGGACAUGGUGCCCAAGCUGGCGCUAUCCGAGGCGCAGAUCGAUGCCUACCUGAGCACUCCACCCCUAGGUUAUGAUCCCAGGCUGUGGAGACAAGCUAAGCUUGACAACCCAGAUCCAGAAAAACUGGUACCCGUGCCGAUGGUUGGUUUUCACACCUUAAAGAGCCGGUUGGAAAACCAAGAGCAACAAACCAAACAGCAUCAGGCGAGAUUAGACAUGAUCAACCAAGACACCGAGACGCUGCAGCACAAGCAGACCACCAUCCAAGCCAAGAUCGCCGAGUAUAAACGACGCCACCUGGAGCUGUCGCACCGGGUACUACGCAUCCUGGUCAGGCAAGAGACCCAGCGUAAGGCGGGCAUGGCUAUCCAAACCGAAGAGGAGCAGCUGAGGACCAGACUAGAAGGGCUGCAGGCAGAGCUCAACGCACCCACGCAGAUGAAGGGGCGGCUGAAUGAAAUGAUGUCACAGAUCCGAUUGCACAGCCAUUUGCCACCAGGUCGGGGGUCCGAGCAGUACGCAUUAGCCACUGAAAUGCAGCAAGAAAUCCGACAGCAUCUGAAGCACCAACAGGAAGGUUUGAGUCACCUCAUAGCGACCAUCAAGAGUGACCUCCAAGACUUGAAACUCAUCGAACAGGGCCUGCAAGAGACCACAUCCCAGCGAUGAAAACCAUCUCCUGGCCUGACAGGCAAGUCAGUGGAUGUGAAUAUGCAUUAAAGUGGGUCGGUACAAAGUUGAAGAUAUUGACGAGGGGGCUAUUCCAGAAAUACCAUGCCAUCGUGAAUUCACCCCUUGGACAAGGCAGACCCAAUAUAACCCAAUUAUGGUUAUUGUGGUAGUUGUUACACUGCUUUCUUCGGAAGCACCGUUGGAUGAUAGCAAAGGUACCAGGCUCAUAUGUUGUUUCUGGUGUGACUUCUCAGGAGUUUUCAGGACUUCCAACUCAAAUCAUCCAGAUUUUUAGAGGAUAAAUUAAUCAGGUGUUGAUACUUUUUUUGCACUAUGUUAAAAAAAGUGAGAUGCAAGAUUCACCGAAUGGUAGCCAUUCAGGAGAGAGCCCAUGCCUUGUUAACUAUUAACCCUAACAGUCCUCAAUCCUUCACCUGUUGGAGGACUGAGGACUGUUAGGGUUAAAAGCCAUGAAAAGUCACAGCAUUUCAUUGUCACACCACUUCUAGUGCAUGUGUUGUGGAUUGGUAUUCAUUCCUGAAUCUCACCCCUGAAGUAUCAAAUUAAACGUUAUUCACAAGUACCGCGGACAGUCUCCCUAUUAACAACGUUUGAUAAUACCCGCUGAGAAGUGAUAAUGCUGCUGUGUCAAUCACAUGCUGGAUACAAGACAGUUUGAUUCUCAUUGGUCAAGAGUCUCCGUGCACGCGGCUCGUCACUUGCACCCCAGUUGGACAAUUUGCACAAAGAAUAUUCCAUAAAAUAGACGGGGUGUUCGGGAAAAUGAAAGUAAACUUCUAGAACAGUCAUUGGAAAUCCUUCCCAUAUUGACUUCUUUUGACUCGGUCUAAAAAAGGUGUUUAUGAAAGGGAAAUAAUAUGUGCUAGGCCAAUCUUAAACAUUAGUUUAAGACUGGUCAAGCACAUAUUUAUUGCCUUAUUUAAUUUUGUGUAUGACAAAAUCUGUAUCACGCAAGGAUGAUGGCGAAUGAGCAUCAGAUGAUGCAACAGCUCAAGAGAAAGUGUAGCGAAUUUCUUCGACUCAUCCCAAAGCCUUUUUCCUCUUCCUCAAAUGUGAGCAAUACGUGAGAGGACACCCAUUUCACAUGCCCAUGUGAAAUAUUUUACUGCCCUUAAUGUCUGCAUCAUACAUACGCACACUUUGAUUACAAUUAGCCUUUGGCUAAUAGGGCAACUGUGGGCAAAGUCCGGUUUCAACGGCGUACGUUCUGGUAGAUUUCUUCCUGUCGUGCCGUGUGAUGUCUGUACCACCAUUUCUGCAAUUGAAAUUUGCAACUUUUCAGCUACAUACCAUGAAAUGAACAAAGACUGAGGUUAAAACUAGCAAACAUAACGGAAUGACCCUACAAUCACAGAGAUAUAUUUCAAUGCUUCCAAAUGAUAAAAUAAAAGUCUUCUCGUAAACAAA